AUGGUGUUUGCUCCAGGGGAUAAAUCUGGAACCGGACAGGAAGAAACAAAACUGCAGAAUGCCAGCAAAUUGAUUGUGCAUAUGGCCAUUCAGCAGGCAGUCCAGCAGUUCUCUCAGGAGAUCCACCCAAAGGAAAAAGGCACAGACAACCAUGUGAGCCUGCAGUUUGAAAGAGGGCAAUUAACCAAGAAGCACAAGAAGAAGUAA